GCCAUGGCUACGACCAUCUUCAUAGCGAUCCUCCACUUAACCCUCCUUGCCGUGGCGGCACAGCCGCUGCCACCACCACCUGAGCAGCCAGGCUGCGUGGAGGAGCUGGUGGCUUUCUCGCCCUGCCUCCCGUAUGUGUCAGCCCCGCCAAACAACGCGACCGACAUUGUCGCUCCACAGUGCUGCACCGCCUGGUCCUCAGCUUUCGAAUCAGGCGACAGUUACUGUUUCUGUUACAUCCUCCGGCAGCCGUUGAUCUUUGGGUUCCCAUUGAACCAGUCCAGGGUCGCUUCACUGUCUUCUUUCUGUAGGGCCAAGAACCGCACUUCUCUGUACUCGCUUUGCUCUACAGGUGUACCAGCGUUGCCGCCUUUGCCUAGCACCACAGACUCAGGGAGACUGAAACCUUCCAGUUCUGGUUCAGAUAAUGAUUCAUCAGCUUUAAUAUACUCACCCCCGGAAUCUGCUGUAAGAUCACCACCGCCACCAAGUUCAUCAGUAGAACCAGCCAUUGUUUCUUCUGCAACAACCCAGAUUUACAAGCAGAGCAGUUCGUUUCUACUUGGGAUGAUGAUUUUUCUGCUUAACUAGAUUCAGUUGUAGACCGACAGUAAUGUAGAUCUCCCAAUUC